AUGGCUCUGUUAUUUGCCUUUCCUGCCCCGAAUGGUAUAUUAUCUCAGGCGUCGUUUGGUAAGACCUCGACUCUCCGUCUCGAAUCCUUCAACUCUCCAUCCCGAAUCCUUCACCGAUUUCAUCGCCAUCCUGAAGACCAGAUGGCAGACAGCCUCACAAUUUCGACAGCAACUUCUAACCGCCUUGGAUCCGCUCGAGCACCUCAAGAAAUAUGGGAGCUCGCCAUCGAGCACUUGGCCGACGACAAGAAGGCACUCAACGCAUGCUCCCAAGUGUGCCGUCGCUUUUCGCCCCGGAGCCAAGCCCUGCUGUUUGCACAUUGGGAUCCGAGAGAUGAGACUGAGGUGAGGACCAUUUUGAACGUCAGACGACUGGCGGACCUCGUACGAGCCUCUCCCCAUGUCGCCGCCUACAUUCGCCAGUUCUGGGUCUUUCUCGGACCUCCUGAUGACCCUACAGCCAUAACGAGGUACCCAGACGGCGCCAUGCCCCUCAUCACACAGCUCCUACCCAAUCUCCCAAACAUCCACACCAUCCACCUUUUAUCCCUGUCCCCCGAUGGCGCGGUAGACUGGAAGGAAGAUCACGCCGUAUCGAAUGGGCCCAAGGCCGCUCUACUAGCUGCAUUCCAGCACGUAGCGACAUUCGAGCGCGUCACCGUCAAGGCUUUGCGGAAUUUCGACCUCGCCUUCGUCAGCGCCGCAUCUCACAUUCGAAGGUUGGAGUUGCGGUCGGUCCUGGUCACGCGAGAACCACUUACCUUUCUCAACCAAGAGUCAUCUUCCUUCGACCCGAACCCGAGAAGGAAAUGUGUGGUGGAGUCGUUGAUGUACUACUUUGCGACAGGCCGCUGUCCAGAGCGGUUCGUGAACUAUUGUCUGGACCACCCUGACAGCACCUUGGAACUAGGAGAGCUUAAAUCUCUAAGUCUCCGUGACCCCACCGACUCGACCGGAGCUAAUCCGAUAUCCAGGUUGCUUCGAUUCUGUGCGCCUGCGCUGGUGAAUCUCACGCUGGGGUAUAACUCGAACAUAGCGGCCGGCGCCGAGUUGCCCAACCUCCUACCGCUCGAGAGGCUUGCGGCGCUUAGACUCGACCUAUCGCUCGCAUAUUACUCGAACGCAAGCCAUGAAGAAAGGUGUAACCAAGCGAUUCAGAUAGUUCGAUCCCUUCCAGUCGACUCCCAAGUCCGCAGCAUUACCCUCAUCUUUCAUGCCGAGAAUCGCUACCUCAUGAUGCAUGAAGCCGAAGUGAGAAUCCACGACUGGCGCACCUUCGAUGACGCGUUGUUCUCCGCACAGACCCUGCUUCCACAUUUGGAUCGUUUCGACGUGAUUUAUAAGUACAGGAAUGUGGGUUUAACGCCAGGAAGAUUUUCUGAAAACUUCAAGGAAGAAGACUUCCCUCACUGCAGAAGCUUAGAGAUCUCUGUUUCUCGACGAUUCGAGUUUUUAUGA